UCGUGUGCCGUGUCGCUUUACGGCAACAUGGCAGCCCACUGUCAGAAGCUGCGAUUCGUUUGGCUCUGACGGUCAGACAGCGCGAUGAAACCCAGGAGGGUCCGCACGAGACCAACAGGUCGGUAACGAAGGGCUCGUGAAGACGAUGAUGUGCUUUAGGAGGGUCGCUCCGCUCUGCCGCGUCGCUGCCGCUGCGCGUGCUGCGUCCGUGCGGUGUGCGGGCGUGUGUUUGCGCGAGCCUGCGUCAUGGCGGUGCGGUCGCUCACCUGUCUGCGAGGGCGCGUGGCUGAAGCACUCUCAGGUAGGCGGCUCGUGCGCCUUCAGGCUCGAAGCAGCGGGCAGCCGCGUGACGAUCCGCCCGCAGGUGCGCCUGUGCCGCGGGGGUCGCCGGUGGUCGGUGGACUGCUUCCGGUCUGGACUGACCCCCAACGUCCGUGGACUGUGCAGCGGAAAGAGCCCGGAGAAAACGGACCCGUCCCCGGUGGAGGAGCCGACGGAGGCCGGUGAGUCGGUGCCGGGACACGGACUGUUCAAGUUCAAAGAACUGUAUGAAAACCCGUGGACGGUCCCCAACCUGUUGUGUGUGUGUCGGAUUCUGCUGGCGCCGUUCCUGGGCUACCUGAUCAUCCAGCAGAACUUUGACCUCAGCCUGGCCCUGUUCACGCUGGCAGGAGCCACGGACCUGCUGGACGGUUUCAUUGCCAGGACGUGGCCCACGCAGAAAUCUGCGCUUGGCAGUGCUCUCGACCCGUUGGCUGAUAAAAUUCUCAUUAGUGUUUUAUAUGUGAGUCUGACCUACGCUGACCUUAUACCAGCACCGCUGACAGCUCUAGUGAUUUUAAGAGACGUUGGUUUGAUAGCUGCCGUCUUCUGGGUCAGAUACAAGACUGUACCGCCACCGGUGACCCUUAGUAAGUUUUUUAACCCCUGCUACACCACAGCACAGCUGACGCCCACACUUUUCAGCAAGGUGAACACGGCCAUCCAGCUCCUUCUGGUCGCAGCUUCUCUGGCUGCCCCAGUCUUCCACUACACGGACAGUGCCCUGCUGCAGAGCUUAUGGUAUAUCACGGCCGUGACCACAGCAGCUUCAGGAUACAGCUACUGGCACUACGGCCGCAAGACGGUCCAGGUGCUAAACAGCAGAUCACCAGAAAAUACGCCGAACGCGGAACAAAAGCAUUGAACUGCCGAGGAAAAAGUCAGACUGACAGAUGGACGAUGGCCAGGGGCACUAAAGCCAAGUAGCUGUGACAACCGUUUGAGUUGCCAGGGCAGUGAUCCACAGAAACCUACAAAGCGGCACACGGUUAAUUGCAGCAGAAUAGAAAGACCUCAAACUAGACUAGACAACACUGUCCGCUCGCCACACACACACACACACACACACACACACAGAAUGUCAAACCUUCAGGCAAGAGCUUCUAUUUUCUCCCUUAGUUAUUUUUCAAUCAAGUGGUUGUGAUUUCAUCCCAAUCAUUGUCUCAUGAUUGUCAGUUUUUGUAAAGCAAUGAUUUAUGAUUAAAAAAAGAAAAUCUG